AUGGCCAGAACCAGACAGACCGCCUGCAAGAGCACCCGUGCACCGCCUCAUCCGAUCCAUCAUCCUCAGGAAGUGCCCGACCAGGAGGAACAAGAGCAGCCGGAGGGCUUGCCCGAGUUCGUGAUAGUCGAAGAUGACGAUGACGACUACUACGGCUACCAUGAAGGAGGCUGGAUGGACACUGACACUGAGGAGGAGCCCAUGGAGCUUCCUGAGGACCACCCUGACGCCACCAGCAAUAGCAAUAAGGAUGCUGCAGGAGGAGACGGUGCUGAUCCAGGUGCCGGAGGAGGAGACGGUGCUGAAGAUGGUGAUGAUGACCCAACUGCAUCCAAUGGUGGUGACGAGGACCCAGAUGAUGAUCCAAAGCCAAUCGUUGCAGUAGAUUCACCGCCACCUAAGCCCCACUUCAAGAAGCAGAUACAUCUCCUGGACUUUGUCGAAGGUCCAUUCCCAGCGCUUCUUUGGAGGGCCAUGUAG